UCGGCCAUCUGGCAACACUGCACAAUAAGGUGCAAAUCAGAAAAGGGUCCCCGCAAUUACACAAUGUCUGAGGAAAAGCAAAAUGGAGAUGAAUUAAACGACCUGCUAGACAGUGCUCUGCAGGAUUUCGACAAAUCCGGUGGCGGUGGUGACAAGGGGGACAAGGACAAAUCCAAGGCCACAGAUGCGGCUGCUGAAGAUGGUGCCGACGGUUCAGAAGAUCCAGAUGCAUUUUUCGUUGAGCAGGCCAAGGUACUGGCCGAUCGUAUGAACACGUUGUUUGGUGGGCCGAACACACCCACCGGGGAUAUUCCUCCACUGCCUCAAGAUCCAGACCAGAUUAUGGCUGGAUUCAAGAAAAUGGCUGAGGCGGCCGCCCUUACUCUUAGUGGCGAGAACUCAGCCAACGAUGAGGACGUGUCCAAGUACUCCGACAGCAUUUCGCAGGCACUCAAGGGUCUGCAGGAAGGUUCCGAGAACCUGUCGGCACCGGCUUCCGAAAACGACAUAGCCAGCAUGUUCGGCUCGCUGAAUCUAGACGGCACUGGUGAGGCCGAUGGUAACAUGUUCCUUCCCUUCAUGGAGGGAAUGAUGCAAAGCCUACUCUCCGCUGAAAUCCUGUUGCCAAGCAUCAAGGAACUGCUGGAAAAGUACCCCAAGUACCUAGAAGAAAAUGACGCCAAGCUGUCGGCCGAGGACAAGGAGAGAUACCAGAAGCAAUUAGAACUCUACAAGGUGAUUGAGGGGCAUUUACAGAGCGAAAAGCCCGAAGAUUCAGCGGCCACCAAGAGGGAGAAGUUCCGCGUUGUGCUGGACGACAUGCGCAAACUGCAGGAUUACGGCCAGCCGCCACCAGAAAUUCUGGCUGAGACGGGCGGCGACCUGCCGUUCGGGGACCCCACUGCCGGCGGCUUGGCUGCCGGUCCGAAUCCGCAAUGCCCCACCAUGUAGUCGUUGUCGCUGGCGGAACACAGUCGUCUCGUGGUGUGCCAAUUGGUUAACUGUUGAGUGUUGCACAUUUAGGAUAAGGAAUUUUUAUUUUACUUUAAUCCCCGACAAAACAAUGUGGCGGUCGUUAAGGGUUACGUCUCUUUAACCAAAAAAUUGUAUUAUCAGUUGGUUUAUUUUAUUUUUCUAUAACUAAAUACAAAGAAUCGACAGCGAAAUAGAA